AUGGCAUCGUUAUUAACUCAUACCAAUCACAUGCUAUAUACCUCCACUUUCCCGAUGCCACGUUGUAGAAGUCAAGGAUUAUUGAAAUCUGUAAAACCAUUCCAACUCCAUCGAUUCAAAUUUCCAAGUAUUCGCAUUAAUCAAUCCUUCAUACGCUGCACAAAGUUAACUCCAUGGGACCCAUCACCCAUUGCAUACGCUCCUACUGAUGAUCAAAGCGAUGAUUUCUUGCAGAGUACUGCCGAUAUAUUUGAAACCCUUGAAUCUACUCAAGUGGAUGAGUCACAAACAGUAAACACUGAAGGGCUUGUAGAGAAAAACGAUCAGCCAGGGCAGGAGCUUCAGUUUAUCAAGUGGCCGAUGUGGCUUCUCGGCCCUGCCGUUCUCCUUGCGACAGGCAUGGUCCCAACAUUAUGGUUACCAAUAUCUUCAAUCUUUCUAGGUUCCAACAUAGCGAGCUUACUUUCCUUGAUUGGACUCGAUUGCAUCUUUAACCUCGGCGCAACACUUUUUCUCCUCAUGGCCGAUUCAUGCUCAAGACCUAAACAUCCAACUCAAGACUGCAAAAGCAAGGCUCCCUUCAGUUACCAGUUCUGGAACACUGUUGCUACCUUCACCGGAUUCAUCGUCCCGCUUUCAAUGAUGCUUGCUUCUCAAAAGGGCUUUCUCCAACCUCAACUACCUUCCAUCUCAUUCGCAGUCCUGCUAGGUCCUUAUCUUCUUCUUUUAUCAGUACAGCUAAUGAGAGGAUUAAAACUCGGAGUUGAGCUAAGUGCACCGGAAUGGAUGAUGCAUACAAUUAGGGGUCUGGUUUGCUGGUGGGUGCUCGUUCUCGGUCUGCAGCUCAUGAGGGUUGCUUGGUUUGCCGGUUUAACUGCUGGAGCUCGAAAGGAUCAAUCGUCUUCUUCUGAUACUUCUGCUGCUAAUGGUAUUGGUACUAAUUAA